GGACCUCGCUGGAUCUACCCGAAUCGGGCUAUUUUCAAGCACUGGGAUAGACAAAAAGAACCUAUUAUUUCUUCACCUUUACUGGACGCCAAAGUUGGAUUAUUUGAUUAUAUCAAGACGGGAUUUUGUGCUACUGUUGUCGCACGGAUCCCAUUAUCACCUUGACCGAAUAAAUUAUCCAAGUUUCGGCAUAUAUAUUCAAAUCCACGAAGCGGUCUUAAUUUCUUUUAUACUGAGAACAGCUGCCAAAUUGAAUGUCCAUUCCUAUUUACACACUGCGUAUAUUUAGAAUAGCGGUAAAUUAUCAAUGAUAGUGCAAUUUUUAAAAUGACAUAAUUAUCUAUUCCCGGUAAGGUGUGUGUCUUUUUCAUUGGGUAUUUCCAACACAGUUAUGCAGAUUUGAAAAAAAAAAUGUUGGUCUGUCGCCAGUUUAAAUAUUAUCAAAGUAACAAGAGUAGGAGCAGAAGGAAGGUAUACAGCCAAAUGUGAAUUCAAUGCGGGUAGAAGACCGAAUGAACCACCGCCAAACUCCCUGCAGUACAACCUACAGCGUGGAUGACGAGCACUGAACCUGCAGCACGGGGUAUCCUCUCAGAGGGAUGGUACUGAAUUCCCAGCGGCCAGGAGCAACUUUGCCGCUCCUACAGAAUAACAGCUUGGUUUUGUGCAACUUGAAAUUUAAAGGAGAUGACAACCGCGCCGUUCUACUUCCUCCUCUGCACCUUGCUGCUGCCGAUUGCCACUGCCGAGUCCCGAUACCCCAGGAAUUGAUCGAAAGGCUGUCUAACAGCGAAAUCCACAGCAUCAGCGACCUCCAGCGGCUCCUGGAGAUAGACUCCGUAGAGAAUGAGGUCAUUCAGGAGACCAAACAGAAGUACCAUAAGGAGUAUUCACACGGCUACUCCAACCUGAAGAGCUCUCAGAUCCACUCCAGGCGCAAGAGAAGCGUCGAGGAGGCGGUGCCAGCGGUCUGCAAGACGCGGACGGUGAUCUACGAGAUCCCGCGCAGCCAGGUGGACCCCACCUCCGCCAACUUCCUGAUAUGGCCGCCGUGCGUGGAGGUGAAGCGCUGCACGGGCUGCUGCAACACCAGCAACAUGCGCUGCCACCCGUCCCGCCGGCAGCACCGCACCGUCAAGGUGGCUAAGGUGGAGUAUGUGCGGAGGAGACCCAGGUUGAAGGAGGUGCUGGUGAAGCUGGAGGAUCACUUGGAGUGUGCAUGCACAUCACAGCUUCUCCAGGCGGGACACCUACAAACAGACACAGGGCGCAGUAGGGCUACAGGUAAAAAACGGAAACGCAAAAAGCUAAAGCUCAACAAGGAUUUAUUGGCGACGUAGUUAAACCUGUAAAUAAUAAAGUCCAUGGGACCUGUGAUUCCAGCAGGUAGGACUUUAUCAUGACUGCCAAUAAAUCACCUGCUUGCACCUGCCCCUCAGGCAAACCACCAAUCAGAUCGCUUAAUCAAAGAAGCAGGAAAAAAAGGCAUGCCAUCUUAGUGGCCUGCACAGUUCACAUGCAUGAUUUUGCAAAAUGGCGCAUGUGUCUAAUUGCAUUGGCUUUAUGUGCUAAUUGCCUCAGGGCUCAGCUGUGCAUGUCUGUGUGUGUUGUUUGUAUGUGUGUGUAUGUGUUCACACAUAUGUAUGUGCCUUUGCAUUAAUUUUUAUUUUUACCACUGCUUGCUGCUAUAUUUGUAUCUUACUCAAGAAUAAAAAAUUUCCAACCCCAGUUUCACUUUUUAGGUUUAGGUAUUUUUGCUCACAGUUUAAAACAGCAUAUGGCAGUAUGUUUACAAACAUUUUAGCAGCAAAGGUUUAGUAUUAGAUUAUAGUACGGGUGACACUGAUGUAUUUUAUCACACUUUCGCUGUGAGUGAUGCUUAAACCACAAAGGCAAACUGGUGGUAAAUGCUCCAUAUCCUCUGUGUGGGUUUGUCUUUUCUCUCUCUCCCUCAUUCCCCUCUUCCCCUCUCCCUCUUUCUGGGUGUUUCCCAGUCACGUUUCCAUGACAACGAGUGUCUUUGAUCCUUGCCUCUCUCCCUCUCAGCAGACAUUAGGUGAGGCUGAGGGAUUACGGUGUUACAGGGGAGGAGAGUGACCACACCCCGGCCCUGCCGACCCCUGGCCCCCGCCACCUGCCCCCUCCGUCGCCUUUUACAUAUGUAGCCAUCAUUAAAGACAAUAUAACGACAAAAAACGCCAAAGAAGGUUUCUUACCAUAGCCCACAAUGACACCUCACUCCAAGACAUAAACAAUUGAAUGCCAGUUCAUUUUGUUAUUGAGCUGGACCAAGGACGGGAGGACAGGAAAUCGGUGAUCGGAAUGUGUUAUUUCAUGAUGUUAAACCUAAAAUGAAAAAAAAAAGGAAAAACAAGAGACUCAGACGGAAUGAACUUUUGAUAUGAAGCCUUGUUUGAGGAGAGGGGGAGAGAGCCAGUGUUGCCUUGCUACCAGAUGAGCUCCACAGGAAGAGGAAUGUGCAGUGCGGCAUUGUGGGAGAAGAGAGGCAUUAUGGGUAAAAAAGGAAUGACUAGUGAUGUAGAUGCUUCUGCGUCUGACGGAACACUGAACGUGUCAGACCCCGCGGCCAUCGGAGACCCGUCCGGAUGUUAAUGUCCCUCUCCCCUCCUGUGGUCUGUCCUUGUGGGAACGCUUGAUGUGACGAACUUGAUUUUGUUUGGAUGACAAGAUUUAUUAUUUUUUUUCUGCAAACAAAAACAUUCUACAUCCUCUUAUUUUUGUAACCCUUGUUUGUUACUCAUUGGAUUGUAUGUCGGUACGUGCUACACAAUGGAGGACACCAGGACCUCUAGCCCAGUCAUUUCAGCUAAUAAACUAUUUAUGUUUCAGAAUGCUUGUAUGUACGUCCCCAGACAUGAAGCAAGGGUUUUAGUGUUGGUUGAGAUGUAUAAACAGCGAGAUUGCUGUUGGAUUCACUUUGCCAUUUUGUCCUGUUGGCCUCUCCUGUCAGGAGAAUACUCCUUGUCAUUGAUAUUCUGAUUUUACUCUCAUAUAUUGUACAGAGUGUAGCCUGGACACGUGUAAAGACUAAAAAAGAUAUCAGGAAGAAGAGAAGGCAAACUGAAGAGGACAUGAAAGUGAGAUCCUUUAUUUUUGGUAAAAAAAAAAAAGCUUGUAAUACUCGUCAACUUGUACGCAAGCUGGGAGUAUAUAUUACCAUGGUGAGAUACAGCAAUGUGUUUUGUAUGAGAGAGGAAACAACAAUCAAAGAUGAAAGAAAUAUAUGUGUACAAUGUUCUUUUUCAAAAAGUGUAUUCUACAUAUUUUGUAACUGGUCGAGCAUAGCUUUAGAGGAUCAGCAUUGUAUUCAAUAUCACACGUGUAGCUAGACGGUUGGGCAUGGAGUAAAUGGCUGAGUGACGGCAUAAAUGACAGAAUGAAUGA